CUUUUCUUUCUGUUUAUUGUUUAAUUAAACUAUGAGCAAUAAUGAAAACGCUACUACAAGGGACUUAAAUCGGCGUAUGGCUGACGUAGGUCUUUCGGAUACAAAUUAUAACCAAAGUGGAACAAGACGUUAUGUUCCUCCUCAUAUGCGGUCAACAACUAGUUCCCAAACAGAAAGGAAUCAAGACUGGAGAAACCCUAGACGAAACAAUAAUAAUAGGUGGAAUGAAGGAUACUCAGACUUUGCUUCUACAGGUGGUCGUGGUGAUGGUGAUUGGAGUGGACGAUCAAGUGGUGGUUAUGGAAGAACUCAAUUCGAUGAAAGAGGCUCCUAUGGUGGAUAUGGACGACGUGGUGGUGGACAUAUGGGUGGUGGAUAUGGUAGUCGUCAACGUGAAGAUGGAAGAGGAUAUUGGAAAGAAGGUGUACACCAUGUGGCUCCUCGUAAUCCUCGUAUGGAACGUGAUCUAUUUGGAACUGCAGAAGAUAAAGAAGUGACUCAUACUGGUAUCAAUUUUGACAAGUACGACAAUAUUCCUGUGGAAGCAACGGGUAGAGAUGUACCUGAACCUAUUAUUGAAUUUCAAUCACCUCCUAUUGAUCCUAAUCUGUUAAGUAACAUAGAAUUGGCAAGAUAUACUACUCCUACACCUGUACAAAAAUAUUCCAUUCCUAUUGUUCUGGGUAAUCGUGAUCUUAUGGCUUGUGCUCAAACAGGCUCUGGAAAAACUGGUGGUUUUCUGUUUCCAAUCCUUUCAAGCUUAUUCUCCGAAGGUCCUUCUCCUCCUCCUCAAGAUAAUGGUCCUCCUAUGGGUUAUCGUCCUCGCAAAGCUUAUCCUGAAGUAUUGAUUCUUGCCCCAACUCGUGAAUUGACAUCUCAAAUCUAUGAUGAAGCCAAAAAGUUUGCCUAUCGUUCCUUUGUUCGUCCUUGUGUGGUUUAUGGUGGUGCUGAUAUUGGAUUUCAACUUCGACAAAUUGAUCGUGGAUGUAAUCUGUUAGUGGCAACUCCUGGUCGUUUAGUGGAUCUUAUUGAACGAGCACGAAUCUCUUUGGCAAAUAUCAAGUAUUUGGUUUUGGAUGAAGCUGAUCGAAUGUUGGAUAUGGGUUUUGAACCUCAGAUUCGUCGUAUUGUGGAAGGGGAAGAUAUGCCUGGAGUCAAGGAUCGUCAAACUUUGAUGUUUUCGGCUACCUUUCCAAGAGACAUUCAAAUGUUGGCUCGAGACUUUCUCAAGGAAUACAUCUUUUUAUCGGUGGGUCGUGUUGGUGCAACUUCGGAAAAUAUUACACAAAAGAUCGAAUACGUUGAAGAUGAAGAUAAGAAAUCAGCGUUACUGGAUAUCCUCUAUGCACAAUCUUCUGAUAGUGGCUUGACCUUGAUAUUUGUGGAAACGAAACGUAUGGCGGAUGCUCUAUCUGAUUAUCUCUAUGGAGCUGGAUUCCCUGCUACUUCUAUCCAUGGAGACCGUACACAACGUGAAAGAGAAAAUGCUUUAGAAGCUUUCCGAUCUGGCAAUGCACCUAUUAUGGUUGCUACAGCAGUAGCAGCUCGUGGACUGGAUAUUCCAAAUGUGACUCAUGUCAUUUCAUAUGAUUUACCAACCGAUAUUGAUGAUUAUGUUCAUCGUAUUGGAAGAACAGGUCGUGCAGGCAAUACUGGAUUGGCUACUGCAUUCUUCAAUAGAAAUAACAAGAACAUUGCUCGUGAUCUGGUGGAUAUCUUGAAAGAAGCCAAACAACAAUUACCUACUUGGCUCGAAAGUAUUGUAAGGGAAUCUGGAUACAGUGGUCGUGGACGUGGACGUGGACGUGGUUUUGGUCAAACAAGGGAUUUCCGUCGUCAUAAUGAUUAUGGUGGUCCAGGCAAUUAUGGUCAGUCUCGUGGCGGUUAUGAUGCUGAUGGUGGAGGCUAUGGUUAUCAAAGUGGAGGCUAUGGUAGUUAUCAAGGCAGUGGACGUGGUUAUCAACAACGUGGACAAAGCAAAACCAGUUGGUUUUGAGCAUAUUGAUAGUACCUUGACUGAAAUAGUUAGCUUUUUUUUUUUUCUAUUGUUCUGUAUAUGAAAUAUGAUAUUCAUCCUAUCUUCCUUCACUGAUUUAUUAUUGUUAUUAUUAUUAGUUAGCUCUUCAUGGAUCGCAUGAUCUAUUCUUCAUACAAUUUUUUGAAUCGUACAAUAAAAGUCCUACACUCUUAUUUAUCAUAUCCA